GAGAUGUUCUGCUGCUUCCUCUGCUGGAGUCUGCAGGUCAGGACAUCAGCUGCUGGUUCGACCCCGAAACCAACGAUGUCCUGAGGUGUGUGGACCCCCAGACCAGCUGCGUGAGGUUCUGCACCCCCAGGGGCCGGUUCCUGCAUGUCCCCCCUGAGGGCCCCUGCUCCGACUGGGACAGCGACAUCGGGGAGCCGUGGUGGAGGGACCCCCUCCUGGAGGUGGGCCGUCUGACCACCAAGUCCAGGUGGAUCCGCGUCAUCAACACGCUGACGUCUCAGGAGCAGCUGCUGGAGGUGUGCUCUGAGGAAACCAUGAAGGAGAUCCUCCAGCGUUACCUGCGCUACAACUCUCACGCCCACAGCUACACCUGGAAGUUUGACGGAGUGAUCCUGGACAUGAAGAAGACUCUGAGUGAGAACGGAGUUCCUGAUGAAGACCUGGAGCUGGACCAGCUGAGACUGGACCGAGACGCCUUCAUCCCUGCUGUUCUCCUCUACUUCAACGAUGACCUCACAGAGGGAUGAUGUCAUCUGAGGGAUGAUGUCAUCUGAGGGAUGAUAUCAUCUGAGGGAUGACGUCUCUGAAGAACAUCUGGACAUACAGUUAUGGUUAGAUCCCAUAAAGACAAAGACCUGGUUCUGGUUCUUGUUCUGGACUCUUCACAGUGUUCUGAGUUUGUGACGAUGUGUUUGAGUCGGUGGUUCUGGAAUAAACCCAUCAGAACCUUCUGAUGAACCUGA